AUGACGCCAUCACCCGCCCCGCGGUGGCGUCAGCGUAGCGGGUGGCGCGGAUUGGCUGGCGGCGGCCCCGGCCCGGGGGGGCUCCGCGCCCUCCGCCGACUUUUAAAACUGGCGCAGAAGUAUGACCCACAGCGGGAGCGGGAGCUGCGUGCCUGGAUCGAGGCGACCACCGGCCGCCGCAUCGGGGACAGCUUCAUGGACGGCCUCAAGGAUGGUGUCAUCCUCUGCGAGCUCAUCAACAAACUGCAGCCCGGCUCUGUGCAGAAGGUGAACGAACCCAUCCAGAACUGGCACAAGCUGGAGAACAUCGGGAACUUCCUGCGGGCCAUCACACGCUACGGGGUGAAGCCCCACGACAUCUUCGAGGCCAACGACCUCUUUGAGAACACCAACCACACGCAGGUCCAGUCCACCCUCAUCGCUCUCGCCAGCCAGGCCAAGACGAAGGGGAACAACGUGGGUUUGGGGGUGAAGUACGCGGAGAAGCAGCAGCGGCGCUUCCACCCUGAGAAGCUGCGCGAGGGCAGGAACAUCAUCGGCCUCCAGAUGGGCACCAACAAGUUCGCCAGCCAGCAAGGCAUGACAGCAUACGGGACACGGCGGCACCUCUACGACCCCAAGCUGGGGACGGACCAGCCCCUGGACCAGGCCACCAUCAGCCUCCAGAUGGGCACCAACAAGGGUGCCAGCCAGGCGGGGAUGACGGCACCAGGGACAAAGCGGCAGAUCUUUGAGCCGGCACUGGGCAUGGAGCACUGCGACACGCUGACCAUCGGGCUGCAGAUGGGCAGCAACAAGGGCGCCUCACAGCAGGGCAUGACAGUGUACGGGCUGCCGCGGCAGGUCUACGACCCCAAGUACUGCGGCGGCCCCGAGCUGCUGGGCGAGGAUGGCCUCGAUGGCCUCUACAACUCCCAGUAG